GAGCACAGGGAGGCGAAGGGAUGCCUUGGCGUGGCCGGCACCUUGCAGCGGAUCCCUGUGUGUGAAGAGAUCAGAGGGAGGAAGGCUCGGAAGGAUUCGCCUUCCCGUUCGCCUUCCUUCCUUCCUUCCUUCCUUGGGAACAGAGAGGCACCUCCGUCGGCUCCACCACUUUCUUGGAAGAACCUCCUCGGUCGGACUCGCAGCAUCAGCGAUCACCGCCUAGGUGUGAGGAAAAGGAGGAGAAGGAGAAGCCGGCUGCUUCCUCUCCUGGUUGGCCUCCCUGCCUUCCUUCGCAAGGGUUGCCUUUCAAGGUUGGAGGCGCCUCGCUAUGUCCGGCAAGGGCAGCAAGAGGAGCCGCGGGCAGAGGCAGCAGCAGCAGCAGCAGGGGAGAGUGACCUUCCCCCAACAGCAAGAAGAAGAGGAGGAGGAGGAGGAGGAGGAGGAAGAAGAGGAAGAGGAGGAAGGCGAGGAGGGCUCCGGCCCGCGGUCCCGCCGGGGUUGGAGGGGCGUCAACGGCGGGCUGGAGCCCCCUCCGCCUCUCAAGACCCCUCUGAAGGACAUGUACGGCGGGUUCCCGCCCUCGCCCAUCUUGGGCACCAUGUCCAUUGAUGGAAGCCCUUCUCUGAGACGUAUGACUGUGAUGAGGGAAAAAGGGAGGCGCCAAGCAAUUCGAGGCCCAGCUUUUAUGUUCAACGAGAGAGGCACAAGCCUCACAGCCGAGGAAGAGCGCUUUCUUGAUGCAGCCGAGUAUGGAAACAUCCCUGUGGUGCGCAAAAUGUUGGAGGAGUCAAAAACACUGAAUGUCAACUGUGUUGACUACAUGGGUCAAAAUGCCUUGCAGCUCGCAGUUGGGAACGAACAUUUGGAAGUGACGGAACUCCUGUUAAAGAAGGAGAACCUGGCACGGAUUGGAGAUGCCCUGCUGCUUGCCAUUAGCAAAGGCUAUGUCAGAAUAGUGGAAGCGAUCUUGAAUCACCCUGGCUUUGCCGCUAGCAAGCGACUGACUUUGAGUCCCUGUGAGCAGGAGCUUCAGGACGAUGACUUCUACUCUUACGAUGAAGACGGCACCCGCUUUUCCCCAGACAUCACCCCCAUCAUUUUAGCUGCUCAUUGCCAGAAGUAUGAGGUGGUACAUAUGCUGUUAAUGAAAGGGGCGAGGAUAGAGAGACCUCAUGAUUAUUUUUGCAAAUGCAACGAUUGCACUGAAAAACAAAAGAUCGAUUCUUUUAGUCAUUCCAGGUCAAGGAUAAAUGCAUAUAAGGGACUGGCGAGUCCUGCCUACCUGUCCUUGUCUAGUGAAGACCCUGUUCUCACUGCUCUAGAACUUAGCAAUGAGCUUGCCAAACUGGCUAAUAUUGAGAAAGAAUUCAAGAAUGACUACCGCAAGCUGUCUAUGCAAUGUAAGGAUUUUGUGGUCGGCGUCCUUGAUCUCUGCAGAGACUCUGAAGAGGUAGAAGCCAUUCUCAAUGGAGAUUUGGAAGCUGAGCCAGUGGAGAUCCAGAGACACAGGGCUUCUCUGACUCGUGUCAAACUGGCAAUUAAAUAUGAAGUCAAAAAGUUUGUGGCUCAUCCGAACUGUCAGCAACAGCUGUUGACUAUCUGGUAUGAAAACCUCUCAGGAUUACGGGAACAGGCCAUUGCAAUCAAGUGUCUUGUUGUGUUGGUAGUUGCGCUGGGCCUUCCAUUUCUCGCCAUUGCCUAUUGGAUUGCACCAUGCAGCAGGCUUGGAAAAAUUCUCCGAAGUCCAUUCAUGAAGUUUGUGGCACAUGCAGCAUCCUUUAUCAUUUUCCUGGGGCUUCUAGUAUUCAAUGCUUCAGACAGAUUUGAAGGCACCACAGUAUUACCCAACGAGACUGUUAUUGAUUACCCUAAACAGAUCUUUAGGGUUAAGACAACACAGUUUUCUUGGACAGAGAUGUUGAUAAUGGUUUGGGUGCUUGGUAUGAUGUGGUCUGAGUGCAAGGAGCUCUGGCUAGAAGGACCUCGGGAAUAUAUUUUGCAGCUGUGGAAUGUUCUGGAUUUUGGGAUGCUAUCGAUUUUUAUUGCUGCUUUCACAGCCAGGCUAUUAGCAUUCCUGCAGGCUACAAAAGCACAGCAGUAUGUGGAUGACAACAUUCAAGAGCCAACCCUUUCUUUGGUCACACUUCCACCAGACAUUGAAUAUUUUACUUAUGCUCGAGAUAAAUGGCUCCCGUCUGAUCCGCAGAUCAUAUCAGAAGGUCUUUAUGCAAUAGCGGUUGUACUUAGCUUCUCCCGGAUUGCUUAUAUCCUGCCUGCAAAUGAGAGUUUUGGCCCAUUGCAGAUUUCCCUUGGAAGGACUGUGAAAGACAUUUUCAAGUUUAUGGUCCUUUUUAUUAUGGUGUUCCUUGCAUUUAUGAUUGGGAUGUUCAUACUGUACUCCUACUAUCUUGGAGCCAAAGUAAAUGCUGCUUUUACUACAGUUGAAGAAAGUUUCAAGACCUUAUUUUGGUCUAUAUUUGGCUUGUCGGAGGUCACAUCUGUUGUCCUUAAAUACGAUCACAAAUUCAUUGAGAAUAUUGGCUAUGUGUUGUAUGGAAUAUACAAUGUAACAAUGGUUGUGGUUUUACUCAACAUGCUGAUUGCCAUGAUCAACAGCUCAUACCAAGAAAUCGAGGAUGAUAGUGAUGUGGAAUGGAAAUUUGCUCGCUCUAAGCUCUGGUUGUCAUACUUUGAUGAUGGGAAGACUCUGCCACCUCCAUUCAGUCUUGUACCAAGUCCUAAGUCCUUUAUUUAUUUCUUCAUGAGGAUCUUUAGAUUAUUUAUGUGCAGAAGGAAAAGGCUGCAAAAGGAUAUGGAAAUGGGAAUAGGAAAUUCAAAAUCCAGGCUAAACCUCUUUUCCCAAUCCAACUCGAGGGUUUUUGAAUCACACAGCUUUAAUAGCAUUCUCAAUCAGCCAACACGCUAUCAGCAAAUCAUGAAGAGACUUAUAAAACGUUAUGUUCUGAAAGCACAAGUGGACAAGGAAAAUGAUGAAGUCAAUGAGGGUGAAUUAAAGGAAAUUAAACAAGAUAUUUCAAGUCUUCGCUAUGAACUUCUGGAAGACAAGUCUCAGGCAACAGAGGAGUUGGCAAUUCUUAUACAUAAACUCAGCGAGAAACUCAAUCCAAAUAUUUCACGAUGUGAAUAAACUCAAAAUGACCUAUUCUACCGUAUAUGCUUGUGUAUAAGUUGACAGAAAAAUCAAUCCUAUAAACCUGAGCUGACUUAUCCCGAGGUCAAUGCUGGAAACAGAUAGCGAUGAUCUUGGCUUGUUGAGCUGUGGGCCUCUUGCCAUUUGGGGCACUGGAGGUGGAGAGGAUCAGCAGUGGCCAUUUUUAAUAGGGACUUACUGUGUAAACCUUAUGAAGCUUGGCAAUCUCUCUGCAUGCCUUGCGAGGUUUAUAUAGUAAGUCUCAAUUAAAAAUGGCUACUGCUACUUCACUCCAUCUCAGAUGGCAGGCAUGCCACAUUCUUCAGGCUUCCCAUAUUGUUGCUGUUUUUCAACUCAGGUUGAAAAAAGGUGAGGAAGGGAGAAAGGAGGGUGCCUUUGCCCUCUGUUUAGACAAGGGAUCUUGGGGUGAGAUCCCACUGCAUCAAGAUAAGCUUCUUAUCUCUGUUUCUUAUCACUGCCUUCAUGUUGGGACCCUAAUAGACACAGGUUGCUUUCCUUGCUUUUCUCUCUCCAUUUUUUCCAGGUAGAAUUCUCAUCUUUGUCCUCAUUUAUAUUCCUUCCCCAUCUGUAAGUGUAUAGAUGUAGAAAUUUUGAGAUCAGCAAUGCAGUUUACACUCCUCCCAUUAUAACCCCUCAAACAGAACCUCUACUUCUUUUUAGUUAUCCUUCUCUUUAUCCACAGCUGUUACCUGUGGAUGAAUCAAGGCUAACACUUAGGAGCAUGUAACAAAUCUGUUUUGUUACAAGUUCCUAAGUUCUAGCCUUGAUUUAUCCAUGGAUCACAGCAAAAACCCAUGAUUUUGGUCCCCAAACUUGCCCUUAACACUUAUACACAAGGAUUAUUUAUACACAAGUGUAUAUGGUAAUUUGUUCCCUGGAUUUUGACUACAGCACAAGUAUUGGCAAUAAUAUUUCUGAGUGACUUAUACUUGAAAAAUAAAACAUAGAUUUUUAGCACUAAAUAACUUUAUGUACAGCUUUCUUUGAAAUACAGUCUUAGCCAAUUUUAUGAAUGUACAUGCAAAAAAAAUUCAGUUUAUUUAAUGUGUAUGAUAAAACAUAUUUUGCAUUUAUUUAAUACGGUACAACUGUAUCUAAACAAUCUUGCUUUACUAAUAAUUUUCUGAAUAAAGUUUAUAUUCUUUGGACUGAGCAAAGAAAAAUUAACUUUGUAGACCAAGGAUGGGAAAUAUAUGGCCCUCCAGUUGUUUUUAGAUUGAGGCAAAUGUAAGCCCCUAGUGGCGCAGCGGAUUAAACCACUGAGCUGCUGAACUUGCUGACUGAAAGGCUGGCAGUUUGAAUCUGAGGAGCAGGGUGAGCUCCCGCUGUUAGCCCCAGCUUCUGCCAACCUAGCAGCUUGAAAACAUGCAAAUGUGAAUAGAUCAAUAGGUAUUGCUCCAGUGGGAAGGUAACAGCACUCCAUGCAGUCAUGCCGGCCACAUGACCUUGAAAAUGUCUAUGGAUGACGCUGGCUCUUCGACUGAGAAAUGGAGAUGAACACCAACCCCCAGAGUCAGACCCAACUUAAUGUCAGGAGAAAGCCUUUACCUUUUUUCCGCUUCUGGUGUGAAGGAAUUGGCCAUCUGCAAGGACGUUGCCCAGGGGACACUCGGAUGUUUUGAUGUUUUUACCAUCGUUGUGAGAGGCUUCUCUCAUGUAUCUGCAUGGAGCUGGAGCUGAUAGAGGAAGCUCAUCCGCACUCUCCCCGGGUUGGAUUCGAACUGGCAACCUUCAGGUCAGCAACCCAACCUUCAAGUUAUCAGUCCUGCCGGCACAAGGAUUUAAUCUACUGCACCACCAGGGGUUCCAACCUUUACCCUAACCUUCACCAUUGGUUAUGCUAGCAGGACCAUUCUUUGCCCGCCCGUUUCAUAGACUAAGGCUGCAACCCUAAACCUAUUUACAAGAGAGUAAACAUGUUUAGAAUUGCAUUCUGUAUCUGACCUCCAUCAUGUUGGUGCAAACACAGGUCUUUGGAAUGUAUUGAAUGAAUACAGUUCAGCCAGACCUUGAAAGAGUACUUGAAAUGAUCCAGGCAAAGUUAAACAUAUUUAAUUCCCUCUGAUUUUAGUAGCAUGAUCGUUCCCCCUAUAGGCUGGAUAUAGAUAGUUAUACGUAUAGUAUGUCUCUUGAAAUCAAUACAAGAAAUGUGGAUUAAUCUAAGAUUGCAGGCAGUCUGCUGUAAGUAUGAUUAAAUUUGGACCCAACUCAAGGAAACCUAGAGCUUAAUAUUAUGCAUGUUAAUUUAGGUGCAGUCUCCUACCUCCCGUUUAAUCUUUUUUCUUAACAUGGUGCAUAAGAUGGAGGUCUUUAAAGUGCUUAACUUUCACUGGAUCGUAUCCCCUUAUUUAUCAGCUUUCUUAAUGAACAACAACAACAACAAAAGCCAUGGCAUGGGCAACUGAAUGUUUAACCGUGAAAAUAAAAUGUGACUAUAAUAUUAACAAUGCCUUUAGAGUUACCUGCAUAAAUUAUAAUUUACAUCAUAUUUGCUUUCAGACUAGGAAAUAGCUGGGUUUUUUUUAAAAAAAACUUACAAUUAAUGUAAACUGUGGAAACACAUUUUCAUGUGGUGACGAUAAUUUUUUUAAGAUUUUAAGAUACUAUGCAGGGCUAAUAUUUUGUUACAUUGUUCUAAAUAAUGCCUCUGAUGCUUUCCUGUUAAAUAAAAUAUUCCUACUUUA